UAAAAAAAACCUUUAAAAGAGAGAGAAGAUAACAGGUGAAAGAAAGAGACGUUUUAGCAAACUCUCUCUCUCAUUCCUUCUGUUUGCUUUCUCUCUCUUUCAUUCUUAGCACGGAAGAGAGGAGAGAAGCCAGAAGAGAGAGAGGAAGCAAAAGGAAAGCAUUAUCUGUCCAAGAAAAAACAGAAAAGAAAAAACAAAGCAUAUUUGUUGAUUUCUGGUUUCUUUAUUUGUGGUUGAAAGGAUUUGGAAUUGCUUUUGUUUUUUUGUUGAAUUUGAAGUGAAGAAGAUGAUGGUAGCAAACAGUUUCGAUCUAUGGCAAAAGGAUGCUUUCUUUUCUGCUGCAGAGGAGGUUCAGGAAUCUGCUGAUGCAAUGGAGUCAGCAUAUAGAGUGUGGACAAGAGAGAAGAGAGAGGGAUCAGAACCAGAGGAUUUGGAUGAACUAUCCAGAGAGCUCCAAACUGCUUUAGGAACUGCCAAGUGGCAGUUGGAAGAGUUUGAGAGGGCUGUUUGGUUGAGCCAUGGACAUCGUUCUGAUGAUAUCACAGCAUCUAGGCAUAAACAAUUUGUCGCAGCUAUUGAAAGUCAAAUAUCUCGUGUUGAAGCGGCACUAAGGGAAGCUUUUCGUGGGGAAGGAAAGCAACCUCUUCGAUGGGUGAAUCUGGAUAAAGAAGAAUGUGAUGAUUUAGCGAUGUUUCUAUCUGGAACUGUCCAAAUUCCACAGAUUGUGAAAGAUGAUUGCACCACACUAAGAUCUCCCAUGAAAGGUUCUCUUGGGGAGAACCAUCAUAAGAGAAGAAAUUUGGACCAUAACACGAGUGCCAACUGUAGUGGAGGUGCUUCGGAUGAAAAUGAAUUCAUUACUAAUAAGAAAAAUGAGCAUAUUAUAGAUAUAGAAGAGAAAGAAAAUCUUGGAAUGAGGGAUGACAUAAUCUGUCAAGUUGAUAAAACAAUUGGCUCAAGGAGAACAUGGAGUUCACCAAAUUUUGGUGCUUUGAAAAUUGUGAUUGCUCAGGACGAUGGACAAAGGGAUAAAGUGAUGUCAAGUGUUGAGGCCACUCCUAAAGAAAAAGGGUACAAACCUUUCUUCUGGAAGCAAAGGUGUGGAGAACAUUCUCGGGCAAAGGGAUCGAUUACUUUGUUCAAUAAGCUCUUUGGUCAGGCAGGUGGUCUCCAAAGGCAAUUGCAACCUCCACUGCACCUGCAGUUCAGCUGUUCCAUCCAACUUACUCUUGCUUUAAUGCUCAGCAUUUUCUUAAUUGUGCCUUUUCUAGUUUAUUCAGCUUGAGAAGAGGUUGUUUUCACUGCUCAUUGUCGAGGUGAAAGGUACUGAAUUUCUUUCUAGAGUGUAGACAGUAAGCAGUAAGGACGAAGAUAACAGUUGUCAACAUCGUCGAUGUUGUUUUUGAAAUUCAGGGCCAGGUAAAUCUACCUCUAUGAAACACGAGUAGCAGCAGCAGGAUGGAGUGUUAAUUUAGAUUCCAUAGCCAUAGAAAAUUUGCAUGUACUCACUCAUGUAGUCUCAAAUGUGCUCCUAAGAAUAUUUGGUAGUUCACACAAAUCCAAAUUAUAUGUAAACUGAAUUUACAACGGAAGGAUUGCCAAUCAUGACAUUGUCGAGGGACCAAAUGCAUGACUCUUGAUGUAGCAGUCCUAACCAUUUUAUACAUGUAAAAAUGUCAUGUGCUCUAUAUCCAGUAAUAAUCUGUACCGAGUAA